GGUUGGAGUCUGUAGUAUCGUCUUCCUGUUUCUCUCUCAUUUUUCUUCCUUUACCAGCGAACACUUUCAGGGGUCUGGGAUGAUGUUGACCAUGUCUAAACUACAGCAGCUUUCCCUCAUCGCCAUUUGCUGGCUUGGAGGAAUCUUGUCUUGCUUGUUGUUUUUUCAGUACACCUCACCAACAUGUCCAUCUCAACACUUUCCUCCUUAUCAACCAAAUGUUUACAAGAACAUAGACUUCUCAAAUCUCACUUUUGCUACAGAUUCUCAGACUCAGGAAAAACCCAUCCUGCUGCUGUGGUUCUGGCCUGAAAACUACAGGUGGGACUUUGGCGACUGUAAAACCAUAUACAACAUCGAUGGCUGCCAUUUGACUGAUGACAGAACCCUUUACAAUCAAGCAGACGCAGUUCUCAUUUUCCACAAAGCUAUCAAGUGGGAUCUGUCCAACCUUCCACCAUCUCCUCGGCCUCCGUUUCAAAAAUGGAUCUGGUUCCAUGUAGAAUCACCAACCAACACACCAAAAGUACCAGGUUUGGAGAACCUUUUUAACCUCACACUGAGCUAUAGACGGGAUGCGGACAUUUCUGUGAGAUAUCGACUCACUGUAAACAAAAAGCCAAACGAGGACUUUGUGAUCCCAAAGAAGGACAAGCUUCUCUGCUGGUUCGUGUCCAACCUUGUCCCCAGUACUGGAGUAGGGACCAGGAUGAACUAUUACAAUGAGUUAAAGAAGUACAUCACCGUGCAUCUUUUUGGAAAAAUAACUGGGGCGCGCAUGAAAGACGAAGACUACUACUCCACGAUGGCAAGCUGUAAGUUUUACCUUGCCUUUGAGAACUCCAUCCACAAGGACUAUUUCACAGAGAAAUUAAAUGGUCCUCUCACAGUUGGAACCGUCCCUGUCGUCUUGGGGCCUCCGAGACAAAAUUAUGAAGACUUUGCUCCGGCUAAUUCCUUCAUUCACGUUAAUGACUUCCCUAAUGCUGAAGCACUGGCUAAAUAUCUGCAUCAGCUGGACAAAGAUGAUGAAGCUUACAAGCGCUACUUUGACUGGAGAAAACACCUGACCGCGACACCGCAUCUGAUCCACUGGAAUCAAGAGUUUGUCAUAUAUAUCUGUCACGCCUGUGAAUAUAUUGGUAGGCACAAAGAGUAUAAAGCUGUGCAUGACAUCUACAAGUGGUGGUUUUCAUAAAGCAAUUUAUAAAUCAUUAGGACUGUGCUUAGAUUUCUUUGUCAGUUGAUAAUGAUUCCUGAACACUUGCUAACACUCAGAAUAUGCAGAGAACAUAUCACUGCCUCCAAACAUGGCCACCAUGGAAUACAAGCCCCAGCACAAAACUCCACUGGCAUGUUCACACUCACCUGAAUUACAUAUGUACGCAGUCUCAAACACACCCACACAGACUGUCACCAAGACUCUUUGCAAAGUAACAUUCAGUCAAGUCAAAUGUAUUUAAUAAAGCACAUUAAAAAUGGUUUCAAAGUCAUCAAA